CUUUUUAAACUGUAUCUUUCAUUUUCAAAUCUACAACUAUGAACAAAAACAGAUAAAAAGAAGGCAGAAAUAUCACCUCAGAUUAAAUUAUUAGGAUUUAAUAAGUGUACAAUAAACUAAAAUAACUAGAAUUUAAAUUUGUUUAAAUUGAGAACCAAAUAUGAAUAUUUAAUGUUUUAAAAAAUAUCAAUACUGUAUACUUUUCACCUGCUCUAAAUAGAAUUGAAUCUUAUGUAAACAGAAUAGAAUUGAAUCUCAUGUAAACAGCUUUGGAAAGGUGCUAUGACAAAAAGCUGUACAGAAAUGUUUUAGAUAAGUAAGGCACAAUUCUUAAUUGAUCUUCAAGAGCUUUUUCUACUGUCCUCUUAAGACUGAAAGAGACUGCAGACUGAGCUAACUGAUAGCCGGCUCCUAGAAACGUAUGUUCUCUCCUUUUUAAUUGCAUUUAGUCUGGGAAAGCAUUCUGUGUAACUCAGAAGCUUGCAUACUACACUGUGAAUUUGGAGAGGAGAGCUAGCCUUGUGGUAGCAAGCAUGACUUGUCUCCAUAGCUAAGCAGAGUGGGUCUGCCCUGGUUGCAUAUGAAUGGGAGACUUGAUGUGUGAGCACUGCAAGAUAUUCCCCUCAGGGGAUGAAGCCACUCUGGGAAGAGCAGGUUUCAAGUUCCCUCCCUGGCUUCUCCAAGCUAGGACAAGAUUUUUUUUUUAAUAGGACAAGAUUUUUUAAUUGAACCAACAAACUACCAAAGCAUACAGUACGUUGCCAAAGCACAAUUAUAUACAAAGUGGUUGUUUGUACAUGAUAUAUCUACAAAGAUUUACAUACAAGGAUUUGGAAACCCACAAGGUUAUGAAGUAUAUGCAGGUAGUACUGUAACUCGGGGGUUGGGAAUUUCAAGGCACAUCAGGUAAUGGGGGGGCCUGAGAGAGAUUCCUGCCUGCAACCUUGGAGAAGCCGCUGACAGUCUGUGAAGACAAUACUGAGCUAGAUAGACCAAUGAUCUGACUCAGUAUAUGGCAGUUUCUUAUGUUCCUAUCCUGAAUUAAGCAAACUCUGAAGAUGGACUGGAUCAAAUUGCGUCACUAUUCCCGGAAAAGGCAGGCCCAGAAGAAUGUACAUUGUGCUUCUCCUAUGCCGGGCAAGGCAGCAUCUGCUGCUGUGGACAGAAGAAACGUUCAAGACAAAGCUGUUCAUUUGUGCCGAGAUCUGCUUUCUAAACCUAGACAGGAACCUCGGGCCAAAAGGCAGAUUAGAAACACCAAUCCAAAAGUGUUACCAAAAAUUCAAGAAAACUUUGAGGUGACCCAGAUGGAUUGCAUUUCAAUUGAGAAAAGUGAAAAUAGAGGCCUGGAUAUGAAGGAACUUCUUGAAGAAUCCAAUGCUUCUUCUUUAAAGGUUUCUUUGGAUUUACAUUCUGCAAGUAAAGGAAGUCCAAAUAAUAGUGAAUCUGCAUCAGAGAUGACUUUGCCAACAGGUGUUUCGGAGUUUUUGCUGGAAUGCUUGGAUUCUGAUUCUACAGUGGGUUCUAAUGCAGAAUCUAGUGAUGGAGCAACCAGUUAUUCAUCACCUGAAAUAUUCAGACAUGAAAGUAGUUUAGAAACAAACUCUGCUAGUCCUGAAGAAUGUCUUGGAUGCAAGAAUUCUACCCUCCUGAACACCAGCAAAGCCAUUGACAUAAACAAGAUGCCACAGCUGCCAAAUCUAUCAAAGAUACUUGGGAAACCAGUUCACAAAAUUUUGUCAGCAAAGGAAAAAACACCUAAAUCACAAUCUCCUGCAGUCUUGUUGCCUCCAGAAAAACCACUACAGUGUCGUGAUCAACAAUCCAGAAACUUAAAGUGCAGGAAAAAGGUAACAUUUAGAAGCUUGUUAGAAAGCACAGCAUCUUCUUCCUCACCCAUUUCAUUGAGUUCAGCUGGAAAAAGCUCAUCUGCCAUACAUGGUGUUGCAAAUGAACCGUUCAUUUCAAAGAAGCCAGAUGCUGACCCAGGGAUAGAUUCUGGGACAGUAAUCAAAGGAAGGAAGAAAGCAUUGCUAACAAGUACAGCAUUUCUACAGCCACAAGAUUUAGAGCUGGACUUGUCGUCGGUACACAAGGUCUCAUCUAGUGGUGAUAUCUUUCCAAAUACAAUGGACACAUGUGUAAAUUCUGAAGAAAUUGUUCCUGAAUCUCUGUCUCCAGAAAGUACUAUUCAUCAGUGUCUACGUAAUCCACCAGAAAUCUGCUGUAUUAUUAAAGCUUCACCAAGAUUUAGACCACCAAAAGUUCUCCAACAUCCACUAAAGAGAAAAGUAUUCCCUCCACCAGGAGUAACUGAAGAUAUUAUUACCAGUCAAAAAAACUGGGUCUACAAUAAUGAUGGGUGAGCACUUCCACUGAUCUUCAGAAUAUGACAGAAGAUCUUUAUGUAUGGGGGAUACCACUUAUGGAGCUCUGUACAGCAAUAUCAUAUAGGGCAGCUGGGCAACCAAGAAAAUGUGAGGCCAAAAUCCGACCUGAAUGAAUGAUAUUUAGGCUCUUUUUAAUGCUGUCUUUAAACAGUUACUUAACUUUUAUUCUCAAAUGAGGAUUCUGAAGCAUUUAUUGUUCCUGUGCCGGAAAGUAUUUUGGGUUUUUUGGGACUGAUAUUUAUAUUGUGUCUAAGGACAUAAUUUGACAUGUUUAAAAAUGGAAAUAGUUAAAGUAAAAAAAGGUAGGAUGAGACAAUUAAAUAUCUGUAGUUUGUCAAAUUUCAAAUGUAAUGAUAUUUUAAAAGAAAAUUAUGAAAACUUACACUUCAGUAUGUGUGCAUUCUGGUAUAUAAAAAUAAUGUUAAUGAAUUAUAUGUUAGCACUAUUGUGAAUGUUUUAGUUCAUGUUUUGUAUAUGCCACUGUCCUGUACUGCUGCUAAGAACUCUGUAUUGAUUUGAACAUUUUCUUUUUACUUAAUGAGCUUUUAUGUCUGUACAAAAGUAAAUGAACACAUCAAGAGGACAAAUACAGAAAUUAAAGCAUCGAUGAAGAAUCUA